AUGGUUCGCCUACUCUCGCUCGGCCUCGUGGUCGUCUCGGCCUUUACCUCUGCCAAUGCACUAGGCAUCAACUGCCGAGGUAGUUCUUCCUGCCCAUAUAUCCAGAAGGGAGCGGAUACUGCCCAGGAACUCGCAAACUACCUUUCCGGCGUCUACGACCACCAAUGGUACGACAAUGGCCAAUAUAUCGCGUGCGUUGAAGGCCCGGCCACCGACGCGCCUUCGGUCCCGAACUACACAGUCUGUGCUUUCUUCCAGAACUCUGGCGGUGGCGACGGGGCCCGAGUUAAGGAGCUUGCGGGUUUGAUUCCAGGCCACGGGUGCAAGACGUGCGGCGCUGUGCCUUAUUGGGCUCCUGAAGGAAACAAGAAUGUCAAUGAUGGCGAGCUGAGAUACGAUGGGUUUGGGUUUGAGGAUCCGAGAUCAGUCUGCCCGGGCUACCCUGGACUAUGCUAA